AAACAAAAAGGGUGCGUCUUUCCUCACAGUGCCCACUAACCCAGUGAGCAGAGAGGACCAAGUCACAACUCCACUCUAUUGAAUUGGAGCUUCUUCUUCAUCAGCUACACCGGGUCUAAUACGCUCCCUUCUGUCUCAGGGUAAAACAAAGACAAUGUUUCUCAAAACUGAGUUGCAGUGGAAUGUUGUAAUCCCAGCUGAAAGCUUGGAUGCAAAGGGAUUGAUGCUCCAAAAGGCAAUUGUUGUUCGACUGUUGGAUGAUUUUGCAAAGAGAAAGGCUACUAAAGACCUUGGAUACCUUCUUGCUCUCACAACUAUUGAGAAAAUAGGAGAGGGAAAAGUCAGGCAGCAUACCGGGGAUGUUCUUUUUCCAGUUACUUUCAAAGCCAUCUCCUUUAAGCUCUUCAGAGGAGAGAUCCUAGAGGGAGUGGUGCACAAGGUGCUCAAGCAGGGAGUUAUAUUGAGAUGUGGUCCAAUUGAGAAUGUGUAUCUUUCUUCUUCGAAAAUGCUUGAUUACAACUAUGUUCCAGGGGAGAAUCCUAUCUUCAUGAAUGACAAGAAUUCUAGGAUUGAGAAAGGUGUUGCCGUACGUUUCAUUGUCAUCGGGGCGAAGUGGCUUGAGGCAGAAAGGGAGUUUCAGGCAUUGGUUGGGAUACAUGCUGACUAUCUAGGACCCAGUCCCUUGGUGUGAUUCUCUUAUAUUUUUGACCUGGAAGGUUGCUUCCAUCAUUUGAAACCGUGUUUAACAAAGUUGGCUGUUGGCUGUAUUUUGUGUCGAACUACUACUACUACUAAGUUAUUUUGUUAGCCUUAACAGUCUGCAAUCGUUAUGUCUAUCAGGUGUCUGUGACUCGUCUUCUUUCUUGUUCAUGACUAAUGGUAUCCCUUCUGCAGUAAUUGAGUUUGCUGCUACUUAUAGGCA